UCCCUUACUUUACUCGUUAACGUUACAGGUAACGCGUUACUGCCCAUUUCUGUCGAGCAGUGGUUAGCACUGUUGCCUCACAGCAAGAAGAAGCUGGUUUAAAUCCAGUAGACAGCUGGGGCCACUGGGUUUGGAUGCACGACCCUUUGACUUUCUCGUUAUGCCUUUUUUCCAUCACUGUUAUUAAAUGGAGGUGAAACACCUGCAAUUCUUGUAAGAGAGCAUGAAAGUGCAAUGAACAAAAUACACGAGUUGGAAGCUCGACUGACCCGUCUUGUUGGGAAUCAUCUACGCCAGUAACACAUUCAUAAAAUCCAGAUUUGGCCUGAAAUUUCCCUUUUUCAAUACCCACGCUGUUUUUUGUGUUUCUAUUUUGUUGUUCACAUAUAUUCCCAAAAUAAAUACGUGUGAAGGAUUAAGCAGGCUGGGGCUUUUAAGUGACGGAGGUGAGAGGUCGAGUUUGUUUUGUGAGCAGACUCGGACCCACAACUCAACAGCCAUCAGUCAGUCUCCUCACACAGUCAUCACAUCCAGUUUAUAGUUUCACUAAAAUCAGCCUUUAUAGCCUCAUCAAGGUUGAUUUUUAUGUUCACUGUAGGUUUGUGAGUCAUUCGCUGUAUAUUAGUUGUAUAAAACAUAUUUGCUGCUCUAUCAUCGCAUAUUCUGGGAGCUGGAUAUUCAGACACCUUAUCAAUAAUCCAUCAAACGUCUGCCGAGGUGAACAUACUGCUGCUCCUGGACCAGCAGUCAGCACUUAUUACAGAGGAUAUUAGAUGCUGCAUUCAGCCUUCUGUAAAUAUUACCAGUGAAAUGCAACACAGAAACUUGUUAAACACAUUUUCUUCCAGGUAUAAAGUUUUGUGGUGUUUUUAAAAAAUAAACAUCUAACUGGGACUACCUUUGCUGGGCAAAACCUUUGUUUGCAUCACCGCAUCAGUCAGUCUGAAAAGUAAUUGGCUUAGCUGUAAUAAGCUACUGUUUGUUUUCUCUGAGGCAGAAACCCAUUAAUGGAACAAAACUACUCACAAAUUAACAUGCAAACUAAGUAGAGGCUGUCGUCUUCAGUAGAUAAACAGAUUACGCAUGUUCUCGGAAGAGACUUCGCAAGGUCAUACCUGACUGCAGUGGGCUUGUUUAUCUAGGAUGGAUUCAUUUUCCAUGAUGUGCAGCUUGCAAGGAUUUAGCUCAAAGGUCUUUAACUUGACCUUGAAUGUUUCCAUACCGAGUACUAAUGCCCUGUGAAUCUGACAGCUUUGUGAUAUACUUGACAUCAACACGUGAUGCAGCUCUCUGUGAGGACACUGUUUAGUUUCACUAUGAUGUCACAACCAUGGACUUAAAAUCUGUGGACUCUUCUGGAAACUGUGCGUGUGCAUUGACUGCAUGCAUGCAGCACGUCACGUGUCGCACGGAUCGGGGAGCACGGUCCUGGGUCUGUGUAGGUUCUCUCCGGGCGCUGCAGCUUUCUCCCACACACAUGCCGUUAGACGGGUUCGAUGACUGGUGAUUAUAAAUUGCUGUAGGCGUGAAUGCAAGUGUGAGGGAUGCCUUUCUGUCUGUGCUGGCCCUCAGAUUGGUGAUCUGCCUCAGGUGUACCCCACCUCUCGUCCUAUGGUAGCUUGGAUAGGCUCCAGUCCCUCCCAAAAUUCAUCCUGUACUUGGACUGUUACCUCAGAUCAACACUUUGAACUUGAUCCUGCUGGGAGGAGCUUUCCGUCACCACAUACUCUUUACUGUAAUCCCAAACCGUGGUCACAAAUCCCCUUCUGAGGCAGCAGCCCCUCACUUUUUUAUCCUUAUGUCACAUUCCUCACCUGGGCCACAGUCCUCCCCCUCUGACCCUGGACAAAGAAGACUGAGGUGGGGGGAAUGGGGGUGUUGCAUCAGUGUGAAGUUCAAUGGUGAAUUAGGCAGACUGGGGUCAUAUAGGUCGAUUGCAUGACAGAAAAGUCGUCUUUGUUACUUUUUGUGUCCAAAAAUAAACUUUAUGGCAGAGAAAAUGUAAAUUUUUAACACUGGUCUCACUUAUGCUUGUGAAUCUGUGAUUCUCCAGGUAGUCGUCUUAUUCUUCAUCCCAAGCCCAACGCAGUGCAGUGGUGUUGUCUGUGAAGUCUCACCUCAGACAGUCUCUGCCACAUGAGAAACAAAGGACUUACACCUUCUGUGCAGCAGCAAGCUUAGACGAAAACACCCCCGAGUGUCUGUCAUUGUUCACACUGUGAGAUCUGAGGCACUUGCUAGCUUGCUGAAGAUCAAAGACACUGGCGUCCACCAGCAGAUGGAUAUGUUCAUGUGAUUUUGUGCUGCCACAAUGUUUAAAUGAGACAUCUCUCUCAUGCUGAGCCUUCAGCUGUCUCGUUUGGUUCCUCGAUUUUAUCAAACAAAUGACCACAGCCUCAAACAAACGGACAGCCGGGCCAGUGCUUGGCUCGGGCCUCCAGGGGGGGGGUGCAUCCUCUGGUGUUUAUCAGGCAGACCGGAGCGCUGGCACACAGUUCAGACUGAGGAGUCCGGAUGUUACCAGAAGCCAUGCAGGGCUCUUCUGUGCUGCUGCUGCUACUGAGCUACAUUUGCCUGCAGGCUGGAUCUGUAGAUGAGACAAACCUUCAGCCUGGAGUCAGAGUAUCACCCAGUUCAGAAAAUUCCCCUCAAAGCUCGACUUCGCAGGCUGGUCACACUGAGGUGACGCCAAGGCUGGAUCCAGUAAGCAGCGCUUCCCCUUUGAAGUCGCAUCCUGAUCCUCCCAUACGUGAUGGAAACGCCAAAGUAUUGAACAAUCAUGCAGAUCUAGAUACAAAUACUACAAGUUCAACCAACAGAGAAGCAGACGAGCCAAAGCCGGAACCGAGGCCUCGCUCUUCGACUGGAAAUGAGCAGCUUUCCAAGUCGCAUCUUAACAUAACUGGGACGGGGAGCUCAGAAGCACAAACUGCCGAGAUGACAGUUGCCAGCCCUAACAUUCAGUCUGAGGACGCCACAGCUGCAGCUGCCUCAUCAGGAACUCAUACAGAAACAAAACCAGGGACGGUUUCAUCUAUUCCUGCUUCAGGAUUCACCACAGAAUCUGUUGCUUCCACUGUGGACCCUUUACCAGAAAAAGUGGAAACAGGCAAAAUUAGACAACAGGCUUUGUCAUCAGUGGUUACCAGUCCAGUCCCAGUAGUCGCUAUUCCCUCCUUUAAAGACUUCAGAACAGCUACGGUUGUAACCCCCACACUACAAAGUGGAGGAGCUCUGAGUCCCAGGGUCACAGAAACUGAGAUGAGUAAUGUUUCAGCCAGUGAGGAAAUAGAAAAGGAGGCAAUGGAAGACACGUUUGAGACUGUUUCACCCACAGGAAAAGCAAUCCCGUUUCAAGGUGGAGAUGGAGUUAAUGGGACGGAGACAGAUGAAAAUGAAACAGAUCCAGAGGUGGAGGAAGGGCAUGCAGACGGUGACAGGUUUUACAGUCAUCCCUCGCCUGAUUUGAUCUCCCAGUUUAGCACCGUAGGCUUCAGCAUCCAGUCAGAGACUGAACCUCCACAGCAGACUGACAGAGCAGCGAAUCCGCCUCCUACAAACACAGUCAGACGUCAAACACCUGGGAUCAGAGGUCAAAGGGGAUUGCACGGUUUACCUGGUCUACCGGGACAUAAGGGAGAUAAAGGAUACCCAGGCGUGAUGGGCAGGACCGGGCAGACUGGAUACAGAGGCCCUGUUGGUCCCGCUGGGAUGCCGGCUAUUGUUGUGUUUAAAACUUCUGAAGAAGAGUGGGAGGCUUUCAAGAAAAAGCAAAUUUACAAAAAGCUGGUGUCCUCGUGGCCGAGACUUAAAGGGCCUCCGGGUCCUCCCGGACCUCCUGGAGAUGAUGGACCAAUUGGACUACCUGGAAUUCCUGGAAAGCAAGGACCUAAAGGAGUUCAAGGAAUCAUCGGCAGUCCUGGUCCACAGGGUAUCCUGGGUCCCCCGGGCCGACCUGGAAGAGACGGGACCCCAGGACACAAUGCUGACCCGGGCCCUUCAGGUUUACCUGGAGAGCAGGGUCCCAAAGGCUACACAGGAGAGCAGGGCAGCAAAGGGGAGCUGGGUGAGUGGGGUUAUCAGGGCGAAGCGGGGUCACAGGGACCCAGAGGACAGAAAGGAGACAAGGGAAAUAAAGGAGUCAGAGGCCACGCUGGGCUUCCUGGCUACAUAGGCACGUCCGGAGCAAGAGGUCCUCCCGGUUUCCCAGGACCGUCAGGGCCUUCGGGACAAACUGGGGAUUUAGGCUUCUGUGGUCCGAGAGGCCCUCCAGGCAAAAUGGGUCCCGGAGGAGGAAAAGGUGUCCGAGGAAUUACAGGACCAACAGGUCAUCAGGGUGAAAUGGGCCCCAGAGGAGCAGCUGGGUCACAGGGAGAGCCCGGUCCGGAUGGAACAGUCGGGUUUCCUGGUGUUCGUGGCCCUCAGGGAAACCCAGGCCCUAAUGGACCUCCAGGUCCUAAAGGUAGCACUGGUGAUCCAGGAGAUGAAGGGGAAGUAGGUCAACCUGGACCACCUGGACUAAACGGAGCCAGUGGGAAUCCAGGAAAGCCUGGAUCCUCAGGUGAUCCCGGUGUCAAAUCCAGGAGAGGUGAGAAGGGGGAUCCAGGAUUCAAGGGAGCCCAGGGUCCUCGUGGACCUCCAGGUAAACCGGGAUCAAAGGGGCACGCAGGGCCAACGGGACUUGAGGGACUUGGAGGACAUGCAGGGCUACCAGGACUUCCUGGACCUGCUGGCUUUGAUGGCAUCAUGGGAGAGCCAGGGAAGCAGGGAAAAGAUGGCUCCAAGGGAAACCGAGGACCAGCUGGUAUUCAAGGAAGUCCUGGAUCUCGAGGCAAUAAGGGUCGGGAAGGUCGAGCGGGAUUUUCUGGAAUCCCUGGUCCUGUUGUGAGUAUAAGUGACAACAUGUUCAGUAUAGAUACUGUUCGUAUUAUUUAUGUAUUUAUUUGUUAUUGCAGGGACAGAUGGGGACAUCAGGAGAGAGGGGACUUCAAGGAGAACCUGGGGAAGAUUGGAGUCCCGGGGAUGCCGGGUUCAAAAGGCCUGAAGGGAUUUAAAGGUCAUCUGGGCCACAAGGGGCAGGAUGGCAGUCGUGGAGCCUCGGGACCUGUUGGUGCAAAUGGAGUGAAUGGAGCGGUCGGACCUCCAGGACCUAAAGGAAUGCCUGGAAAAACAGGACCUCCUGGAUUCCAAGGCCCUGUAGGAAAGAGUGGAGAAUCUGGCAGCAGAGGAACGAAGGGGACAUCGGGACAGCCAGGAAGGAGAGGGGUUGUAGGUAAGCAAGGCCCCAGCGGACUAACAGGAAGUAAAGGAUUUAAGGGUGCAAGAGGAGAGGAGGGACCGAAAGGAAUACAAGGCCCCCGAGGAGAGAUGGGCAUGCCUGGACCACAGGGAUACAGAGGCGCUCCUGGUAUCCACGGCAACAUUGGACCAUGGGGUGAAGUUGGGUCCCGUGGUCUUCCAGGCGGUCAAGGUCCACAAGGCCCAGUUGGUCCUCCUGGAGUUACAGGUUACUCUGGUAAAGAUGGAAGUCAGGGGCCAUCUGGAUCAGGCGAUGUAAAAGGAGAUAAGGGAUCCAGAGGACCUGUGGGGCAGGAGGGAGUUGCUGGUCUCGAUGGUGAGGAGGGUCCAAACGGACAGAAAGGAUUUGAAGGGCCAGCCGGCCAAAAAGGCUUAUCUGGUGUUAUGGGAAACACAGGACCUCCUGGGCAGAAAGGACCAAAGGGGUCUGAGGGUGAAAGAGGAAACCAAGGUUCACAGGGACCGAAGGGGCCACAAGGGAAACGGGGGUACAGGGGUGCACCCGGAGAUAGAGGACAGCAGGGGCCCCCAGGACUCAAGGGUGAGCCAGGCCCCAGGGCUUUAUCAGGCACUCGUGGGCCAUUUGGAGCUGGAGGCCAAACUGGGGCAGCAGGAACGAAAGGCCAGAAAGGGCUCCAGGGACUCGCUGGUCCUCCUGGUACUACGGGCCCUCCUGGACCCACUGGACCGUCACCAGCUGGAUUACCUGGCAAGAGAGGUGCUGAAGGUAAAGGUGGAGCGCCUGGAGCAAAGGGCAGUCUUGGUGAAAAGGGUAUGCUGGGUCUUCCAGGCAUUCGGGGAGACGUGGGCAUCAGAGGUAUGAAAGGCGUAAAAGGCGAGCCUGGAUCACGAGGGAAAGUGGUAAGACUGGGUACAAUGGGGAAGAUGGGGGUCAUAGGCUCUCCAGGUCCUAAAGGUCAAACUGGACCUGGUGGCCCUCCUGGUCCUCCAGGAACUAAAGGAAUCCAGGGACCAAAGGGAAAAGGUGGUGAGCCAGGAAGUAAAGGGACACAAGGAGCUGCUGGGCAAAUUGGACCUGAAGGCCUGCCGGGGAGGUCAGGACCUGCUGGACCACCUGGAAAACCUGGACUGAGCGGUCUGGAUGGGUUGCUGGGAGUUCAGGGUAAUGAGGGAGAUCCGGGUGACGUUGGUCACAGAGGAGCUCCUGGAACACCAGGCAGGCCUGGCAAGACGGGAAAACCUGGAUCUCCUGGGAUUAAGGGAAACGCUGGAGAAGGGGGGGUUAAGGGUACGAGGGGUCUAAAAGGAACACGUGGGCCUCCUGGACCAAUUGGGCCAAAGGGUAUUCCAGGGCUGAGAGGAGAGAAAGGUGAAUCUGGAAGUCUUGGCACGAAGGGUCUCCCAGGUGAUACAGGGAUACGUGGACCAAUAGGUCCACCUGGAUUAAAGGGGAAUCCUGGUUUGCAGGGAUUUAAAGGUGAAAAGGGUGAUAAGGGGAAACAGGGGGACACUGGUCCUCGUGGUCCAGCCGGGCAGGAAGGCUUCUCAGGAAUCCCUGGCCACCUUGGAGUGAAAGGAAUGAAAGGUGUCCAAGGAAGGAGAGGUCCAAAGGGAACGAAGGGCAAGCCGGGACCUCAAGGAAAACCAGGAGCCCCUGGCAAAUGGAAGCCUAAGCAAAGACCUGUUAAAAAAUAUAGUCUUCAAACUGCACAGAGUUCAAAGCAAAGCCCCGGCCUCCCGAAGCAAAGCGAAGGGCAAGAAAAACCCAGGGAAGUGACAAGGAGAUGGUCUCAAGAAGAUGAAGCAGAGUUCUUCAGCUGGCCCCUGGGCACCAGAGAUGAUCCUGGAACCACCUGCCAUGAGCUGAGACUCAUACGUCCACAUCUAAAUGAUGGUUACUUUUACAUGGACCCGAACCAAGGCUGUCCCUGUGAUGCCUUGAAGGUCUUCUGUAACUUCACAGGAGGUGGAGCAACCUGCAUAGAACCUCUUUACUCACAGAUUAAAAUAUGGAGGGACCCAGAAAUGAUGAGGACAUAUGUGGAGAGGUUUACUCACCACCAAAAAUUUGAUUACCCUGGUGUGGAAGCUGUCCAGCUAAAGUUUCUGCGGUUACACAGCCACUCAUCUUUCCAGCACAUCACUCUCAGCUGUACAGAAAACCAGACGAGUACUGCUGCCACAGAUGAUUUAGCCAGUCAGAUUAUCCACUUACUGGGAGACUCUGGCAAAGAAAUCGAUUCACACUUUGUCACAGUGUCCAGAAAACACUCUGAGCUGGAGCUGUUUGUCAGGGUUCAAGGAGAUAUGGAAUUACUUCCUGUCAGACAUCUGGGUGUAGAGACGAGCAGUGUCUCCAAGCUUGUCUCUGAGAUCUCUGUGGCAUUGGGACCCGUCUGCUUCUUGUGACCGGUGUGUCUGUGUGCGAUGAAAGCCUCAAGAGCUCAAGAAAGAAGGCAGCUGGACGUCUUUAGGAUUGUGAAGACGUUUCACAUCACAUCCAAUACGCUUCUUCGGUUCUUAAAGCAACUGGUGGAGACUCCCAGGAAAUAAACCCCAGUGGUGGGUGUCCUGUGUGGAGUAAGUCCUGAAGGUUGCUAACCCAAUACUGAUCAUAUGAGUCACCACAUGAGCCAAGGUGGGAAAAAAGGCUAUUAUUCCAGCUUCCUAUCAUCCAGAAAGCUGGAAUAAUAUAAAAUAUGUAUAUUUCAAAUGAAUAAUCAAAUAAAAGUGCUCAGUUUUGUAUUUUGCUGUAUAUUUAUUCAAUUGUAAAAUUGUUAGAUUUUUGACAUAUGAAACAUUUUUGUUAUGAAAAUGUAGCAUCAAAUGUUCAGUUCAGUUUGACUUAUAACUUUGUAUUUACACUAAAAGUCUUCGUUUUUUACUUUGUCCUCAACUCAGGGGAAUGUCGUCCCGCACUAUCAAAAUAAAACAAUGGCUCUGAAUGAAACAGAGCCCGUUGUUUUGUUUGUACUGAGCCUGCGCACAUCACACAGUAAGGGGUAAUCUUCAAAUAGUUACAAAGUAAAAACUAAGUAAUUGUGUUGAUGUUUUCUAGGCCUAGUGCCACGUUCCUACGUUCCCAGUAUUGUAGAAGCACUGGUUUGUGAACAGGUUUGCAUCUUCUCAACCAUCCGAGUGCAGUGAUGUCAACAAAUGUUAAUAUUCUUGGGAGAAGAAAGAGUGGCUGGAGUAUGGCAGCUGACUCUGGCUGGGUUCACCAUAGAGAGACACAACAUGUCUUUUAUAACAAGCCUGUUGGGAAAUUCUUCCAUUCUCAGUGUCCUAAUUCACAGACCACAGGAAGAUCCAUGGUUAUAUGCACCAUCCUUAUGAUGUCUGAUACAGUGAAUGUCUUGUUGUCUCUUUGAAAUUAACCGUUUUGCCACAGUAGGCUCAUGAGACCAGUUAUAUGAAGGUUUGACAGCAUGUCACGCUCUACUUAGAGGCGCUCCAUCAAAAACGCGUUUAACUUGCACACGGGUUCCAAAACUGUCUUUUAAAUGAAUGGGACAGUAAUUUACAAAACAAAAUCUUGUGAAUAUUUCCCAUAAAAUGUCUUUAUAACUUAGCAUAUCUUUGCUUGUUUAGGCCUGUGAACUUAGUGUAAAGAUGUGGAGUGUGAUAAAAAAGAAAAACAUGUAGCAUAAAAAUAGUAAAAAUAACAUACUGAUAAACCAUGCUUCUGUCUGAUUGUAAACGUUUCUCCUAAAAACAGCCUAUUCUUCCUAGAAAUAUGUUUUGAUUCAUGGUACAUAACGAAAGGUGUGGUGGGUUUACUGUGUGGAUAUUUUGUAUUUCUGGAGAGAAGUAAGAACCAUUAAAGCAAAAUACCAACAAACAUGACUUGAAAAGGUGGAUGAGUGACCAGACGUCUCACUGUUAGACUGCACCGCACUCUUAUCCACUGUCAGAAUUUGUAUAGUUUUUGUUUUUUGAUUAGUUUUUAUUUUGUUCUGACAAU